AUAGAACUCGUAUCGAACAAACAAGCUGAACAAAAAUUCCAAUACUCCAGCGUUAAAUAUAUUUUUUGUUAUACCCCCAGUAUUAGCCAUGUCCGGAAACAGAGACCAUCCCUAUGGGUCCACAGUGCGCCACACGAUUGUGGCACGGUCCAAUCGGCCGGUGAUCAACCGGAUGAUUCGCUCCGCCCGAAUGGACUCCGUCAUGGGCCAGAACCCGGGACAAAAGCCAGUUAAGGAGAAGAAGACUGAGGUGAAGCUGCAGCUGAUGCAGAAGGAACGCUCCUCAAGCACCGGGAUGAGCGGAUUCUCCAAGCUGACCAGUCGCGAAGGCCUCAAGGGCAAGGAUUACUGGAACGCGGCCAUCGAUGAUGUGGAGUUCGCCGCCGCCUGUCGCUUUCAGCCCCGCAUUCCUGUUAUAGACUACUCCUUGGUAUUACCACCUCGCUUGCGGGAGAGGGUGAAGCGCAUUCAGAACUACGACUACUCCAAGUCCGACGAGGACAUCUACAUCCGGGAUGAGAUGCAGGAAGUGCGCCCGGAGGACUACAUGAGUGCCGAGAGCUCUGAGAGGAGCGAGGAGGAGGAAGACACUGUGCUCCUCGAAAUUGGCCGGAAGAAGGUGGAGGAGUACUUCAACGAGAGCGAACACUCGGAUAUUGUGCGCAUGGAGCACGAGUUCGAGAAGUUCGACCUGAAGCUGGAUGAGCCAGUGGGUCACACCCAUCGCGUUGUGGACAAGACCAGUUGGUAUGCCAAGUUCCUCUGCGCCCCGCGGGACAAGAGGGUCAGCUGGCAGAGUCGAGUCGAGCAUCCCGGCCAGAACUACUCCAUGGUAACGCUGGACGAGCAGGCCGAGAACCUCAUGGAUGCAUCGGCGGAACGCUUCGUAGAGUGGCUGAACUCUUUUGGCACUUUGGAGAGCAACCUCACUCCGGAGAAGGUCAAGAACCUCUUCUCCAUUAAGGGCGAUCGCACUUUAUUGGCCUCGGUGAAGACAGAUCCCAAGGAGGUUAACGCCAUAGCCCAAACUGUGGCCGAUAAAUGGAACAAGCCACAUAUGGCAAUUGAGCUGAAAUACGAAAAGCACAUCAACGAUCACGCCACCCGGGUGAACCAGAAGCCCCUGCUGAGUGCCUUUGGACGCACUGUACCCUUGAAGGAUCGCCCCUGGCUGAAGCGAUCGGGUGACACCGCAAUCAAGACUGUCUAUCCGGAGGAGCUGCUGACCCGCGAGAAGAUCUUCAAGGGCAUAACCCACCUGCGCAGCACCACGGCCCUCAUCGACUUCUAUCUGGCCCAUCCGGAACUGGAGCGGCCGCAGUAUCUCCUGGAGAGUGGCGACUUCGAGGAGUCUAGUGCCAGUGAAUCCGUAAUAGAGGUGCCGCUCUACGAACUCCUGGGAUUGCGUUAUUAAUCCCGUUUUUGCCAAUAUCUUAAUAACAUAAAUUGUUAGUUCACUAAAUGGCUAUACAUGCAGUACAAAAAGGUGUAC